GGAGAUAAAGAUAAAGAUAAAAGAGAGAAGAGAAGAGAAAUGUCGGCAGAUAACCCAAACCCAGUUGUUUAUAAUGUUCACUCUGGAAGUAUCAAUGAUAACUCAUUGAUGUAUAGUGAGAGAUUCACAGAGGACGAAGAUACAUUGGACGAGUUUGAUGUUUAUGAGAUAUUCGACUUGGUCAGAGAGAUCAAUGAUCCCGAGCAUCCAUUGACAUUGGAGCAACUCAAUGUCGUUAGACAUGAGAACAUCUCUAUCGACACUGAAAAGAACCUCAUUAGACUAUACUUUACGCCAACCGUACCUCAUUGCUCGAUGGCCAAUCUAAUUGGGCUCUCAAUCAAAGAGAAACUCGUUCGUUCAUUGCCUCGUCGUUUCAAAGUAGAUGUUAAAGUUACUCCAGGAAGUCAUUCAUCAGAGCAAUCAGUCAACAAACAAUUAAAUGACAAGGAAAGAGUUUCAGCAGCAUUGGACGCAAGUUCAUCAAUUCUUAAUGUUGUCAACGAGUGCAUCAAGCUUCAG